AUGGACGUAUACACUCACACUCAAUACCAACAAUCAUCAAACCAUAUCCACGCCCGUAGGGCUUUCGAAUACAAACAACAAUAUCGCCCAGCAGUAUUCAGAAGAGGAGCAGCAAUACAAUGCGGCUAUACAAACAGCAAGGAAAUUGAUGAAACAAUAGUCCUCGUCUCGGGCAUGCCAACCGAACCACCAACAAGACGACAUUGGAAGCCGGAUUCAGCAGUAACGAAAUGUUCGAUGCAAUAUUGUCAUCGGGAGUUUGGCUUAUUCGAAAGACGGCAUCAUUGCCGGCGUUGCGGCGAUAUCUUCUGUGGCACCCACUGUUCCCAUUAUAUUCGUCUCGACCAAAAUGUCAAUUUUAAUUUGGCUGGAUUUGCAUCGAGAGUGUGUGACAGGUGCUAUGGAGUAUACAUACGAGCGCUAGACAAAUGCCGCGCAGGCUCAUACCACUGUGACGAAUAUGGCGAAGAAGAUGGAUACAUACAGAAAAAGAUAUAUCAAAGAGAAUAUGAACAGAAAAGUUCCAAGAAAGAUCAAGCGGACAAUGGGCGGGAAAAGACAAACCAUAGUAAUAAUAACAACAACAUCAACGACUUGUUAGAAAGUUAUUUGAGAAAGUGCGGAAGAUACGCAGAUGAGCCGUAUGUCGAAGAUCACAACAACAGGAUUAGUGGACACCGGCUUUUGACACAAUCAAACUUUGUAGUAGCAGCCCCAUCUGAUUGGGCGUGGUCAACGUUCUGA